UUAGCGGGUAUCUUAACAUACAAUAAUGGCAAGUCAUGACAGCCAACUUAGGCACUUAGUUAGAGGGUACUUAGGAGAAGCCAGGCAAUGUUUUAUAAGAGAAGAUUAUGGCAAGUCGUACGCUUUUUAUCUGCUUGUUAUAAAACUUGCGCCUGUUGUAAAAGCUUCUGUGGAGAAAGAGUUCUGUGAAACGUGGAAACAUUGGAGCGCAAAACUUUUUAGUUUAGGAAAAUUUAAAGAGCUGAUAGAACUCUAUCAACAAGGAUGUGACGCAUUUUACGAGUGUGAGAAUCUUCAUCUGUUGAUGGCUGAAUUAUUUUUUAGAAUGGAACAGAAGUUGCCUGCUCAUAGCACUUACAAACGAGCUCUUCAAAUGAACCCUUCAAAUAUGUCGACCCUGGAAUGCAUUGAUAACCUAUGUAGAGAAAUGAUUGACAAUUGGACAUAUCCUAUGUUGAAUGACAAGGAAAGAAAUUUCAAAUUCCAUGAAGCGAUUCGAGAUGAAAUAUUAAAAAUGAAGGAACAGGGAAAGGAGGUUCAUGUUUUAGACAUUGGAUCUGGCACAGGGAUUAUGAGUAUGUUUGCAGCAAAACAUGGUGCCAUGACUGUUACUGCCUGUGAAAUGUCACCAACUAUGAGUAAUCUUGGCAAAGAAAUAAUAGAAGGCAAUGGAUUUAGAGAUCAAAUUGUUUCAUUAAAUUGUUUAUCGACAGAUAUUCAAUUACAGGAAAAUGAUGGAUCUAAUAUUCUACCUCACAAAGCAUCUGUUGUGAUAAGUGAGACACUCGAUGCUGGAGUAUUUGGUGAAGGAAUUAUUAAAACGAUCGACCAUGCAUGGAAAGAACUUUUAAUUCCGCCAGAAGAAGGUGGAUCUGUGAUUCCAUCAAAAGUUAUUGUCAAUGUGAUUUGUGUUGAAAGUGAAGAUAUACAUCAGAAACACUGUGGUGACACUACAUUCGAAUUCACACCAAAUACUGAAGAAUCAAAUAAUAUAUUGCUGACGAGUAAUGUUGGUGUUGGAUUGCAACCUGACAAUGAGGAAAUGCUUGGAACUAAUUUUUUUAGUGAUGGCUCACAACCUGAACCUUACACCUCAGAACGAAUAUCCAGAAUCAAACACAAACUGCUUUCCAAUUAUCAUACAAUACAAGAAGUCAAUUUCAAUGAUCCACAACAGAUUUCCUCCAUAGCAGAAGGAAAACCAACGACAAUAAAUAUCCAACUACCAAUUACUGCAGAUGGUUUUCUUGAUGCUGUAGUUUUGUGCUUUGAUCUUGCAGUGGAUGACAACCAAGUGCCAAAAUAUGUAAUCACAACAAAGAUUGAUUCAGAAUGUUGUUGGGAACAGGCUGUGUAUCCAGUUCGUCAUAUCGACGCAACAACAAACAAAAUAAACUUCACGAGAUUACACGUAAAAAAAUCUGACAUCGUUGAACUGAACCUCACUCAACACCACAACAAAAUUGUACUGGAAAAUUGCAUUCAUCAAGAUACUUCAAUGAAGAAAGAAGUUUUACCGCAAAAUUUAAUGACAGAUAAUUUUUUUCAAAACUUGACCGUAUUUUCUCUUCAUGAAGACAAAGUAGUUUUGUUUAAUGAUAGAAAAUUCACACAAUCAUGUAAAAAAGCGAUUUUGAGAUUUAUGGAAACAACAAAUUCCACUUCGAAAACACUAAAUGGAAAUAUGUGUGACCAUAAUGGUGCCAGCAUACAACCAAAUGGAAUAUUAAAUAACAUGGAAGAGCUACCUGAUGAAAACUCUGGCCAUACAUCACAAGACACAUUUAUAUCAGUCUUAGAUAUGACAAGUCCAUUCUCAAGAUUGCCUUUAGAACUUACACAGUGCCACAAACGUGUAUCCAUACACAAAGGUCUUUCUAUUGGCACUAAUACUGAGCAAAAAUUCGCAACACAUUUGGGUUUGAAAUAUGUCAUUUGUAAUGGAAACUUGAAUGAAAAAUAUGAUGCUGUAUUUGUUGAUAUUGUGGAACAAAGUGGACUUUUACACCAAGAAGCAUUUAACAAUAUCGCUCAUGCCAGAACUUUACUUCAUCCAAAUGGGAAAAUAUUUCCAACAAGAGUUAGACUGAUGGGAAUGGUUUUCGAAUCAGAGGAACUUUUGCAGCGAUGUUCUGUGCCAAAUAUUGACCAAACUAUAGGGGUUGAAAUUGGGAACUAUCUGCAAGAAUAUCAGGCAACUACGCUUUCGCAUAUCAAUAUGAACAAAACCAGAUUUACUGCAUUGUCUGAAUCUGUCGAUUGCAUGGCUAUUGAUUUAAAUAAUACUGACAUCUCAUCCAUUUGCGAUUGUGAAACAAAAACUGAUGGUAAAAUUACCCACAGUGGAUUUGCUCAUGGAAUAUUCAUAUGGUCGAUAUUGGAGCUUGAUGAAUGUACAACCUUCGACACGUCCAAUUCGUGGCAACAGUGUGCGAUCAUGUUUGGAAAGAACUCAAUCGAAGUUGCUGCAGGAGACUGCUUAAAACUUGAAAUGAAACGCAAUCUCAGUUAUUUUACUUUUAAUAUAUUGGAUAAAACAUAAUAAAAUUU